CUGCCUCUUCUAUAUCUGUAUUCUGUACACAUGAAAUAUAUAUUUUUAUAUAUGUUUUUUAAAUAAAAAUAAUUAUUUUCUCAAUAAUUUCUGAAUUUAGAUUCUCAUAAAAAUGGAAACGAAUCUCAGAAAUAGAAAAUCAUGAAGAAAGAAUCUACACCGGUUUUUUCUUUUCGUUGAAAAUUUUCCAAAUCUAGAUCUCAGGUGAUCCGGCGGCCAAUCAGUUUGGGUUUUCUGUAAUUCAGGAUUUGGAUCUCGGUUUCAAAUUCCAGAUCGAGGUUCUGAGAAUUCAAGCAGCUGAAGGAGUGAGGUAGUUUUGGUUUCAAUUGAGAAAAUGCCGGUGCAUGGGGAUUUGGAUAGGCAAAUAGAGCAGUUGAUGGAGUGCAAGCCGCUGUCGGAGGCGGAGGUCAAGAUUUUGUGCGAUCAAGCGCGAGCAAUUUUGGUGGAGGAGUGGAAUGUACAGCCGGUGAAAUGCCCUGUAACUGUGUGCGGCGAUAUCCAUGGGCAGUUCUACGAUCUGAUCGAGCUUUUCCGGAUUGGUGGCAACGCUCCGGAUACCAAUUACCUCUUCAUGGGAGACUACGUCGAUCGUGGGUACUACUCGGUGGAAACGGUCACCCUUUUAGUGGCUCUGAAAGUUCGUUAUAGAGAUAGAAUCACAAUCCUAAGAGGAAAUCAUGAAAGUCGGCAAAUCACUCAAGUGUAUGGGUUUUAUGAUGAAUGCUUGAGGAAGUAUGGCAAUGCCAAUGUGUGGAAGUAUUUUACUGAUCUCUUUGAUUAUUUGCCUUUGACAGCACUGAUUGAGAGUCAGGUCUUCUGUUUGCACGGGGGUCUUUCACCAUCUCUUGAUACCUUAGACAAUAUUCGAGCUUUAGAUCGUAUACAGGAGGUUCCGCACGAAGGACCAAUGUGUGACCUCUUGUGGUCUGAUCCGGAUGAUCGUUGCGGUUGGGGCAUAUCACCGCGUGGGGCUGGCUACACCUUUGGACAGGAUAUAGCUGCUCAGUUCAACCACACCAAUGGCCUCACUCUAAUUUCAAGAGCACACCAGCUUGUCAUGGAGGGUUACAACUGGUGUCAGGAGAAGAAUGUUGUUACUGUGUUUAGUGCUCCGAACUAUUGUUACCGCUGCGGAAACAUGGCUGCAAUACUAGAAAUUGGGGAGAACAUGGAGCAGAAUUUCCUCCAGUUUGAUCCGGCUCCUCGGCAGAUUGAACCCGACACAACGCGCAAGACUCCAGACUAUUUUUUGUGAACUCAUCACCUUGGGCUGCUGUUGGUAGUGGAUGCUUGCAGUUAUGUUACUGUAGAUGUGUCUUAAGAGGAGAGUAUUGUUAUUUGAGGAUUAUUGUCCGCAUCAUUCUUUUUUUUGGAGUUUGCUCUACUCCUGACUUUGGUUGUGUGCUCAAGAUAUUUGGAGAGUUCUGGCAGGCAUGGAGUAUUUUGUCUUGUACAUCCUUUUUUUUGUUCCCUGGAAAAGGAGAAAGCGGUGAUAGGAUGGUAUAUUAUCUUCUGUUAUUUACAAGGUGACUUUUUAUUUUUGGUGAUAGCUGCUUGUGUAUAGACGGGGUUAGCAUUGUCAUUGUAGGAUUUAGGAAACUGACUUGAGUUGGCGAGGUAUAGGACUGAAAAUCGAGUUCAUUCCGUUGAGUACUGUCCAUGGGACUUAUUGGUGUCCAAAAUUUAAAAAAUUUUAGGAUGGAUGGGAGUUUUUGAUGGUAGGGUGGGUAAGGGAUGCCGCUUUAGUUAGUGGCUAAGUGCUCUCCUGAGUAUAUGAUUAACACUACUUCGAAGAUGGUUCUUGGAGUAGCAUAUGAAAGUUCAAGUGCUUAGUUCUAAUGCCACUAGAUCUGUAGUUUGACUGUUUCAUCAAUAUGAAGUCGUUUCUUGUA